AUGACGGACAUUUUAUCAAGGCCAUCCACAUUGAGCCAUAGGGACAAGUUUAUCAGAAUCAGCGCAAUUAUAUCGAGAGAGGGAUUGAGCAACCAGGGUAUGCACAGAAGGUCUGAGAACUCAAAGGUAGCCACCCUAAGGCUCCUAAACGAGGCAGCCCUCUGGUUUAAGGAGCAGGGCGUAUGUGUUUUAAGGACAUUGAGGGCCCUUAGAAGAACACACGAGAAUGUCGACCAAGCCCAGAUGACCCUGACGCCAAAGAGGAGUGCACAGAAGGCACGGAAGGUGGCAUGCCUUAUAGAGGAGCUUGCUAAGACAAAGCAGACUAGUCACAAUGGCGAGGCCCGAUUCUUAAACUUUGAAAGUCCAAUUACUGGAAAUCGGACUUGUCGGAUCAGCCGACCUGUAUUCGCCGUAGCAACCGUGAGUCUCAUAGACGAUGCAGCUCUCCAGUCUGAGGAGCAAGACGAAUUCGAGUUCAUAUCGGUACUAAUUUUUUCCGGGGACGAGGCUAGAGUCGCAGAUGACCAGGCUGAAGAUGUUGAAGUGAUGCAGAUGCCAAGGCAAAAUAAUGCUGCUAUUGAGUGUUACUCCUGUCAGAAUGUGGCAGACGUUGACGCAUGUCAUAGCGCGCAAACAUGUUUAUCCAACCAGACAUGCUACCAACAGACAGUUGGUGCUGGAUCAGGAUCCGUUUCCUACAACUUAGGAUGUAUCGACAUACAUUCUUGUUUUGAUGCAAACGGUAUCCAUGGAAACCCGGGUAUUAUCGGAAGAUCAUCUGAAAGAAGACAAUCCGAAACUAACUGCAAGGAGUGUUGCUCAGUUUCUUACUGCAACGAUCAGCUCUGUGCGCAUAAACAAGCAUCAUCCUGUGUCGAUGACAUCAGCGUUGAUUGUGCUAAGAUAAACUCGCUGUUCAAUAUAUGCGCUUCGAACUACGAGCAUGCGUCUCAAGUGUGUCCAAGGUUCUGCGGACUGUGUGAUUAUGCCAAUGGCAACUGGGCGGAAUGGACUAAAUGGUCUUCGUGUGAUAUAACUUGUGGAAACAUGACCCAGACGCGGAGAAGAACAUGUACAAAUCCUGCUCCAAAUCAUUACGGGAAGAACUGCACUGGACCUGAGACGGACAUUCAAACUUGUGUUUUACAAACGUGUCCAGUUCACGGUGGAUGGAGUGGAUGGGAAUCUUGGAGUGUUUGUUCAGUUUCCUGUGGCGUUGGUAUGCAACACAGGCAUAGAACUUGUUCCAACCCAGCGCCUUCUCUGUUUGGAGAUCACUGUUUUGGCGAUUCUAACGGUUAUAAGAUAUGCAUUGUACAGCAAUGCGAAGUUCGGCUUGUUAACGGAAGCGAUAAGUAUCAAGGUCGUAUCGAGAUUUCCUUGCUAGGCUCGGUUUGGGGAACAGUGUGUGAUGAUGGAUUUAGUACCAACUCUGCAGCAGUUGUAUGCUUCAUGCUUGGAUUUAACAGAUCUGGCGCGACAUUUAAUAGUGCGUUUCCUGAUGGUGUAGCUUCUCAGCCGAUUUUGUUAGACGACGUGAUAUGUUCUGGACUUGAAACGAACAUCCUUGCAUGCAAUCACACUCGAGUGGCAAGUCACAAUUGUGGCCAUAGCGAAGAUGUUGGAGUUGUUUGUAGGCCAUGUGAGUAA